UUUGCUUAGAAGCCACUUGAUUGCCUCCCCCAACCACCCUCUCUCGCUCUCUUUUUAUCUCUCUAAUAUAUACAUAAACAAUGACUUGAGUUCUAAGUAUAAUUCCCUCUAAACCAUCUUUAAAUCAUCCGAAACUUUGAUACAUAUUUCUAUUUAUUGUCAAGUAAUUGAGCAAUCAAGCUCAGUACUGUCAGUCUAUCACUGCUAAGUGUUAACCAGAAGUCAAAAUCUCAGUGUCACCAAAUAACAGAAUCCAAAUGGGGCGCCAUUCUUGCACUGAAAAAGAGAAGCUAAGAAAAGGGUUAUGGUCACCUGAUGAAGAUGAAAAAUUGUCCAAUUUUAUCACAAGAUUUGGUGUUGGCUGCUGGAGUUCUGUGCCCAAAUUAGCAGGUUUGCAGAGGUGUGGAAAGAGUUGCAGGUUAAGAUGGGUUAAUUAUUUGAGGCCUGAUCUUAAGAGAGGAAUGUUUUCACAAGAAGAAGAGGAUUUGAUCAUUAGUCUUCAUGAAGCACUGGGCAACAGAACUAUUACUAAUUUGGGAAGGCUAAAAAAAUGUGUAUUAAGAUUCAGGUGGGCACAAAUUGCAGCACAAUUACCUGGAAGAACAGACAAUGAGAUAAAGAACUUUUGGAAUUCAUAUCUGAAGAAGAAGAUGAUAAAGCAAGGCAUUGAUCCAACCACUCAUAAACCGGUACCCAAAACGGGAGAUCAUAUUCAACAGCCAAAUGGGCUUCUAAAUUUGGCAACCUCAGAUGAAAUGGGUCAAGAAUUUUGUGUAAACAACAUGAUUUGUGGACAAAAAGAAUAUGAUCCUCCGUUCUUGUCUGAAUAUGAAGAUAGUUUUGAUCCUAAUGGACACCAUUCAAAUUUUGUGACUGAAUAUGAUGAUCCGAAUAAUCAGAUUGAGGGAAAUCCAAAUUCGAAUUCGAAUUAUGGGUUCAAGUUCAACUCUAUGCCGGAUUUAGCAAAUAUUGAUCCAGGGAAUUUUAUGGAUACAGAUUUUUCUGAUGGUUCAACUUCAAGAAUAUUUUCAUAUUUGAGUUCGAGUAACAGUUCAAAUGUGAGCAGCCAUACCGGAAUUCAGACAAGCAAUAUGAUGCCAAAUUCUGAACAAUAUUUGUGGGAUUUCGACAAGAAAUUCGAAUCAAGGUUUCAAUUUCAGAUAAAAAAUGAAGAGAAUUCAAAUUCUUGGCAAGAAGGCCCCAGCAGAUAUAUAUAAAACAAUUUUUCAGAAGAUUUCAGUAAAUAGCACUGAGUGAGGGUGAUAAGGGGCCAAGUCGCUCAGGGGCUCGACUCGUUUCAACUUGGCUCAUGAAUCGCUCGGGUUCGUAUGCAGACAAGUCAUGGAUUGAACGGAGCUCAAUUCUUUCGCAGGUUGGUCAGGACCCCAAACCAGCUCAUCUUUAGCCUUUGGGCUAGGUCCUCUAGCCAGCUUGUGGCUAGUGGGCAACUAGACUAGACCGUUUUGCCCAAUGGUUAGAUUUUUAAGUUAUUUAUUUUUAUAACUAUCCUUUUUUCUAUAUAAACCCCCCAAUUCAUUUUUUUUCUUCACACAAGUCUAUCUUUUCAAUUUAUAAUUGCUAUAAGCUCCAUAUUAACUCCUUUCUUGUGAAAUCUAAAGUUUUAUUGUUUCUAAAAUUUACUUAUUUGAGUUAUUUCGGUGUAAUUCUACUAUAAAUUCUAUUAUUUUACCUCUUUCUUUCAU